CCCAGCCCCAGCGCUGCCGCUGCCGCCGCCGCCGCGGAGAGCCAUGGCGGAGGGGGUGGGCGCCCAGCCGCAGUUCGGCCGCCCCGCGCCGCCGCCGCAGACGGGCUGGGAGCGGCUCAGCGAGCUCUGGCGGCGAGACGAGCGGCAGCAGUACCCGGAGGAGACGGUGAACAUCGUCAAGUCGGCCUUCACCGGGGGAGUCGUCGGCUGGAUGUACGGCGGGCUGCCGGCCUUCUACCACGCCCGGAAGGCCUUCAUCGAGCGGAGCCACGGGGAGCUCUUCCAGAACCGCGCCGAUGCGGUGCAAUCUGCGCAUCGGGCUGGUCUCAGGAGUUUCAUCCGCUACGGCUGGCGCUGGAGCUGGAGAGUAGCCACUUUUGUGACAAUAUUCAACAUGGCAAGCACUGGUCUGUCUGUGUACCGCAAUAAAAGCACCAUCAGUAAUUAUGCUUCGGCAGGAGCCUUCACAGGAGCCCUUUUCAGAAUCCACUUGGGCCUGCAGGGACUGGCAGGAGGCCUCAUGUUUGGAACAGCAUUUGGGAUCCCUGCAGGGGCCCUUUUAAUGAUAAUGCAGAAGGUUGCUGGUGAGACCUUGCAGGAGAAGAGAAAUCGUGAGCGCAGGGAGCUGUAUGAACAGAAGUUAGCAGAGUGGCAAUCCAGACUCAGUGUGACUGAAGUCUUAGGCGAAAUGGAAAGCAACACCCAGGGAGGACCGGAGACGGAGAGAGCAUGAGAAUUCUAGGAGCUACUGAGUCUUCCCUAGAUCUCUGUUGUGAGCAGCUACAAAGUAUUUUGAUUCUGCUCAUAAAAAAGUCUUCAGUCAAGGGGUCACGGAAGUCUUCUGUGAACACAGUUACAGCCUGUGCACUUGUGAAAAAGCAUUUUGCAGAAAACAUUGUUCAUGGAUGCCUAUCACUGCACAAGAGCUUUGGAGGGCCAAACCUGUUCCACUUGAAAAGGUGGAAAUGCAGACUCCGCAGACUAGGUAGUGUCAUCUACGUUUGGCAGGGGGUGAGGGCAGCCCCAGAGCCUCGUCUAGAACCCAUUUCACUGCUGAAAACCUCCAAACCACCAGUGAUGUAAAAAUAUUCAAGGUAAAGGAGUCUGUGAAUAGUUUGGAUGCUAAAGAUACCCCGAUUCUAAAAGCUAAUUAUGCUCUGGUGAAAGCUGCUCUUCAGACAGUGCCUGAAGAACUUGCUGUCGAAGUGCAAUGCAAGCAGCACCAGAGCAAGCGGUUCUCCUCCUCUCGCCACCCCCCUCCCACAGCUUGACUUGGCCUGGCUGGGACCAAUGCUGUUUUGCUGACAGUGGUUUCUUCAGGCUUUUUGCAGAAAAACACACUUGGUUCCUACAGUACUUGGGGUAUUUUGCAAUCAAUGUUGAGGAAUGGUGGAGGAGCUGGGAAUGAUACAGAAAUAUCCUGAAAAAGACAUGUUUUGGGUUUCUCAAUAGAAGUGUAACUGAGGGGGGGCCACAGAAAGGAUGACUUGUUUCUGGUGGUGAUGGUAGAAGAACUGGCACUGUGGACAGUUUUAACAAUAAAAAGGCCUCUAAUUUCAUUUGAAGGUUGGAAAUUAGGGGAUUACCUUUGGGGGAAAUGUGGUUCAAGACACUCAAUAAAGCCAUCUAGCAGUGGU